GUCAGGUGUUCCGUUGUGUGCGUUAAGCUGCUAGGGUAGUUACUUAAAGGUAAAAAAAUCACUGAUAUGAAGAAUUGAGUGGGUUCAAGUCGAACCGCAAUGGCACUGGUUAUAUUGUCACAAAUUUUAUGAGAGGAGAAUUGCACAUAUAAAGUAUGUCGUCAAACAUGUGGUUGAGUUCCCCUUUUCCUCACGCGAUCAAAUGACCUUUGUUGUAUUAACGAAACUGUAUACUUGUUCCAAGAUGGCGGGGCGUGCUACACUAGAGACUGUCGAGUGGAUCGACUACAGAGACUUUAGCCCUGAAGAGUUUCUUGAAGAGGCCAAUGACUUUCCUCAGAUGGUACAAAUCAGCGAGGGUUUCUAUGGCGACGGAGAGAUGUGGAGUUUCUCCUCGGGACAGAUCUUUAAAAUCCACGGAGUGAAGACACAGGAGAAAGUGGUGACCACGGUAGAGGGAGGGCAGGACACACCCGGAAGUAAAGUUGACAAACUUCAUAUCCCCCUCAACUAUGGGGGGCAUUUUGAACUCCUACCGUCGGAACCAUGUUCAGAAGGCGUAGACGUCGUCUACAACAGUGUUAAGGAGGUGGCUAAGAACUUUCCACGGUACGUCUGUGUUGAUUCCGACAUGUCCGUCACAAGCGACUUGGGAGGGGUUCGCCUGCACCGCGGAGACCAGUUAGAACUGUUACAAAACGCCAAGCGACCCACCAAGAACGGACUGAAGCCCUUUCUGAAGUGCCUUGUGAACAGUGAAAAGGAGUGCUUUCUGCCUCACGGGUGCCGGGGAAGAUUUUUGGUGAUUCCCGACGAGAAUUCUUACACCAUAUCGGAGAUAGUGAAAAGAUUCCCCCUCCCCCGGCGUGUGCAGUUCUACGGUGGUUACAUCAACUACUGCUCCCCAGAAGUGAUGCAGUCACUGGGGUACUCGUUCGAUGGUGUCCUGCGAUUGGAGGGGACCACGUUGGAAAAGUACCUUGUCGCCACCACCCAGGGUCUGAGCAAAAAGUCCGAAAACAAGAAAGACCUCCUGGUUAUGCCUGUCAAGGCGAAGAUCAAGUUUCUAGUCGCUAAGGGUCUGUUUGAGCGAAGCUCCGAGUACGAGACCGUAUUGACAGCCUUCAGUCGUGACUUUGACGUAGACAGGAUGUCAGAACAUCCCUACAUGACGUUUGAGUUCGCACCCCUGACGUACCCUGACGAGGAGGAGCCUCCGCCGCCCCUGAGUCGGGGCCUGAGCGAAGAGCCGCCCGCGCCUGGAGCGGAGGAAACCCCGCCGAAUGUCGACCGCUCCAGUAAGCCAGAGAGCCUGGUGAGAGAGUUAUCUACUCCAAGAGCAUCAACAUCUUCACAAGCUGAAACAGAGAACUACGAUUAUGACAGCGACGGGGAAGACUACGAGACCAUAUCUGACGACGACUAUGAUUGCGUGCCAGAUAGCAUCGGACCCGCUGGAAAAGGUGGAACCAGGCCUGUCGUCCCACCAGAAGAGGGAGAGUACGAACUUAUCGACGAAGACAGGGACGUGUCGCCUGAUGGCGCUGCUGCUGCUGCCUCAAGACAGAAGACAGCCCAGGCCAAGGCCCAGCCCCAGCAGAACCCUUUUGCUGCCGAACUCAAAGGCCUGCUCGCCAAACGUGCACAACCCACCAAGACAACUCCUAGCAGCCAAGAUCCAAAUUUCAGCAAAGGAACUCCUUCUGAGCCAUCCACGACACAAGCAGUGCGUCCUACGUUCGGAGCUCGAGGUCAAUUGAAAUCUCCAACAUCAAAGCCGGCCACAGGCCUAACCAGCGCAGAAAAGGUAGGUCCCCUAACCUCCUCCCCCAAGCCCCGUCCUGCCAAACCUCCUGUUGCGCCGAGGCGAAAAAUAUCGUCUUCCUCAGAUGAACCAGGACAACCGACCAGUCCCGGCCAGCCGCACAAGGCUGACCCCGUCCCAACGUUGCCAACUAAAGUGACGGGUCUAGUAUCACCACUGAGGGCUGUGAAACCCGUGGUAACUGAAGACGAAGAUAAGAAUAAAGGGAGCGAACACAUAAGUGUGAUCCACAGUUCACAGAGGGAAACAGCAAGUCGGAAAAGAGAGAUGUUCUCCAGCCUAAGUGAUGUGCCUACAGAACUCUCCCAACUGUCUAUCAAACAAGUCAGUCACUGUCUCCAACUGCUCAACAUGGCCGAGUAUGUGCCAAGGUUUGAGAGGGACCAGGUUGACGGGAACUUGAUGUGUGACCUUGACCAAGAGAUGCUGACUGAGAUGGGCGUGUCACGUGUUCACAGCAUGAAGCUCAAGAAGUUCAUCAACGGAUGGCGGCCAAAUGCAGACAACUGAGUCUUGGUGACACUUGGAUGUGUUAGAGAUAGCAUGACUUAGCUGACCCAGUGUAAUGAGUCGUUUCAUUUUCAUUCAUACAAAUACAAAAUGACAAAGCUUUUUGCUGAAUAAAUAUAGUGUAUCUUGAUAAUGUAUCUUUAUAAGAAUGAUUUUACGUCACAUAAACGGACGCAGAACCAGACAUCGUUCAUGAUUGAUAAAUUUUCUUCGUCAGUUUAACCUUUUGUUUGCCAAUUACUUGGAAAACCUGAAAAAGGAUUCUGCUGGGACACUGCUAGCCAUACUCUAUGGAUCUCCAACAAAGAAUGGUCCACUUUCAUAAUACCAAUCCAGGGCAACGUAGUUACAAUGGAGUUUCUAUACACCCCAUAAAAGUAGCCAUGGGCUUGAUGCCGAUUAUUGGACUUCUUGUCCUGUUGCUGCCUAGAUUGUCAGUCCCAGUUGAUUAGUUAGUUAAUUUUUUGUUUAACAGAAACGUAACAGCUUUAUCUAUAUAUAUACAUCUUGUACUUUUAUUCGGGAAAUAGAGUUGUUAAAACAUUCUCAUUUAUUGCGUACAUUAUAGUUAAUUGACAUGGAUUAAAUAUUGACAAGUUGGAAAAUCAUGUCAUCCCCAUUUUCACACAGCGGGAACACAUACUCAUCAGAUAGGCCAACAGUACCAGUCAACUAUCUGAUUUAUAACUGAAUUCAUAUGCAUGGGUCGUGUCAUUCGAUCCAGAUUACGGCGUUGUCUUAAUAACCAGUUUGCCUGGUUAUUGCAUGUACUCUUAAUGGUACUUUCACUAUUUUCGACUGCAAAAGUCCUACAAACUUAAAAAUUUCAAAUAGAAGCGUAAAUUGCCAUGAAUUGAGAGUGAAUUUCAGUCUUCUAAAAAGCAUUGCAUUAUAAUUACAAUAUAUGGUUCAAGCAACAACUUCUCUGAUUUUCGCAUCCUGUAUUAUAUAGAUCUAUAUCUUAAAGUAGCAUAAUGUCACGCCUCAGGCAAGGCAAUAAAGUACAAUAUGUG